AGUGUUAGUUCAGCCUUGGUUGACACGACGGUGGACGUGGAAUGCAUACAGUAUUACUCGCUGUCACAGACAUCUGUCACUGUGAGAAAGCAGAUAUUUGUACUAAGACUAGGGAAUAUACUACAAACCAACGAAGGAAGUUUUCGCAUGACCUAAUCUGGAUUUCGCCAGUGAAGGAAAUAAAUAACACUUGAUUUAGUAGCACGCUUUUAUUUGCGUUAAAAUUACGUGCAAAUGAUCACCAAAGAGGAGUGUAUAGUUUAGCUGUUGCCGUUCUCGUGUUCAUCGGUUUUGUUCACACGUCCGCCUUUGUUAUGGCUCCGAUGGGCAUCCGGUUGUCCCCGCUCGACAUAGCCUUGUUCUGCUUACUAGGAGUCGGCGUGAUCUAUCACCUUUACGCGGGAGUUUUAUCUAGUAGAAUCGCCUCGUUCAGACAGAAGAGGACUGUGGAUCUGAGAGAGCUGCUCGCGCUGUCCAUGGAGGCUGCGGUGCAGGGCGGACGGGAGGUGAAGAGGAUCAGGGAGGACAACACACUAGAGGAAAAGUCAAAGGGCGAAACAAAAGAAGUGGCCAGUGAAAAGCUCACGCUGGGUGAUCUGAACUCCCACCGCAAGAUGUUCUACCUGAUCAAGAACACCUACCCUGAUAUACAGGUGAACUCAGAAGAACAUGCUAAUGCCGAGGGUGAGGCCACUGUGUGGACACACAUCAUCCCUGAAGAAAUUCUGGCAAAGAUCUCAGGAGGGAAGGAAGUUCCUGCAGAAAGUAUCACAGUGUGGAUUGAUCCACUGGACGCCACUCUGGAAUACACAGAAAAUCUCCAGAAGUAUGUCACCACAAUGGUGUGUGUGGCUGUGGACGGGGAUCCUGUUAUAGGUGUGAUUCACAAACCCUUCACCGGGUACACAGCAUGGGGUUUUGUUGGAGAGGGAUCCAAUGUGGUACCUCGUGCUUCCUACAACACAAACUUUCCUAAGGUGAUUGUUUCACGCUCACACUCUGGCAAGGUGGAGAGCUUCGUUCGAGUGGCCUUUGGCAACAAUACAGAAAUGAUACCAGCAGGGGGUGCAGGAUAUAAGGUACUAGCUCUUCUAGACCCCACUGAUGAGGAACAAGAUACGGCCGAUAUUUACAUCCAUGUGACGUACAUCAAAAAAUGGGAUAUCUGUGCGGGUGAUGCCAUCUUGAGGUCUCUUGGUGGUGAAAUGACGACUCUCAAAGGAGAGCAGAUUGAUUACUCUGGGACAGAGGGAAAUAAGGGCGGCCUGCUGGCAAGCAUUAAAACUGACCAUGAAGCAUUGGUGAAAAGACUUCCACCAUGGGAGGAGAACAAACAAUAAUAAAUCACUGCCCAGCCCUGUCCCUAACACUCUCAUUUUCUUCAGUAACACACAGUUGUGUAGACAUAAUGAGGAAAUAAAGAAAAACUUGCGACUGAUCCAACAUAAGUGAAAUGUGUAAUUAUACCUGUAUGAGUCUGAAACCUGUUACAGGUUAUAAACAAAGCAAGUGUGCCUUUGAAACGGUUCUUUCCUAUGUAUUUUGUGACACAUUUAUAGAAUAUUUAAGUGGAAAUUAAGUAAAAAGUGCAGCAUCAAAUCAUGAGGUCACCUUUAUUUUAAUCAUUAAAGAGCAGGUCAUAUCAGAGGUGUAGAUUUUGUCUUAACAGUGUGGGGAGGGGGGUUUUAAAGGGGACUCAAAUAAUACAGCUACUACUAUUAGCGUAGCAACCCCACCCAAUUGCUACUACAAACUAGCCCAAUCACAUUUCGAGGGGGGUUUCCCUGUAAAAAUUGUGUUCCAGGGGGAAAAUACAUGGUUUUCGGUGUGGUUCCUCCGGUAAAAUUCACAUUCCACAGGCUAAAUAUCUUUACGUGAUGUGACAGUAAUUUGAUUUAUUUGAGGUGUAAAUAGACAUAAUGUAAACACAGGCAGAGAUUAUGCAAAUGUAUUACUUUGUGACGUAUAUAGGUAACCUGCAGAAGAUUUGAAAAUAUGAUGACUCAAUGCGGUACAGAGUCAACUCUUUAUUUUGAGGGACAAUAUCUUUAUUUAUCAUGUGCUUUUUUUGAUAAACAACUUUUUACAGACCAUUUACAUUGAAAGAUAGCUACGUUUGUAAAUAUUUCAAAAACCCAUAUGGACCUGCUCUUUAAUAUAUUUAGGUGAACCAGUAGCUUUAUUUUAUUUAAUUUCAUGUUUGUUUUUUUGAGAGUGUUGUUUCCAAAAUUGCUGGUUUAAAUGGUUUUGGGUGAAGAUUUAACUGUGAAUCCAGAGAUAAUUUGAAUGACAUCACUGUGCAUAGCACUGUUUCUCAUAAAGAACUCACUGUUCCCCUUGGUGACGUGUUUUCAGUUCUGUGUAUCAGAUCUCAAUUUGUACUGUUAUACCCUGAUACCUGAAUUGCUGUAUGAUUAGACUACAUAGGUUUAAGCACCACAUGCAAAUAAAAAUAUAUAAUACAAUA